GGACCAAAAGAGGAUACAUUUUCAGCACCAUCCAAUACACCAAAAGGUGGUUCUGAUCUGUUUGGGGCACCAAAAGAGGAUACAUUUUCAGCACCAUCCAAUACACCAAAAGGUGGUUCAGAUCCGUUUGGGGACCAAAAGAUGAUCCAUUUUCGGCACCGUCCAAUACACACAAAAGGUGGUUCUGAUCUGUUUGGGGACCAAAAGAGGAUACAUUUUCAGCACCAUCCAAUACACCAAAAGGUGGUUCUGAUCUGUUUGGGGCACCAAAAGAGGAUACAUUUUCAGCACCAUCCAAUAUGCCAAAAGACGAUUCAGAUCCCUUUGGGGCACCAAAAGACRAUUCUGAUCCUUUUGGGGGCCCAUUGAAUGACCCAACGAAGGGUGCUGAUCCUUUUAGGGCACCAUCCAGUCCAAAAACCGAGGCUUCAGACACGUGGGGUGCUCCAUCCAAUCCACUGUCUGAAAAGAAGGCUGAUCCCUGGGGAGACGAGGGGACCACAGAUCCAUUUGGCGAUGGCUCGAAGGCUGAUGAUGACGCAUGGGGACCAACAGCAUCGACUCCGCCCACCGCCAGUGACCCUUGGGGUGCACCUGCAGCUCCCACCGACACAGCAUCCACAGACGACCCCUGGGGAGAUGGAGGGGCUUCCACCACUACAGACGCUAUGAACUCUGACCCAUGGGGAGCUCCAAGUAAUGGCACAGACAGUGGAGCCACAGCGGACGAAGACAACAAAUCGCCAGCUUCCUUCCAUGGUGCCGGCGCUUCGCUCGUGGACGUGGGCUCAGUCCUUUCCCCCAAACCCAAACAACCCCCCCCCCCCUCGCCAAGUAACAAAGUAAGGACGGGUAAACGAGAGACCAGACCCUGAGAGAGAUAGACAGAGAGAACCAGAGGGUGAAUAUGAGAAGUAUAUUUAUGUUCAUUUAAAGCAGUGUUUGUGAUUCAGUGUUUUUACUAGGCCUUCCUCCCCACUAUAGUGCAUAACUGUUGUGUGGGUCAGCAUCGGUAGUUGUAGAUGCAUAGAUUUUAGAGAUGUAACCUUUUCACUCCUCUCUCUGUUCUAUACUCUCUCUUGGAAUGCUCUGUACUGUAUAUCUGUUCCUCCCUCCCUUGCCCCAUUUUCUUUUGCUUUUCCUAAUUUCCUAGGCGUUUUACAAGGCCCAGGCAUGGCUGGCCCUAUGGGCAGAGUCACAUCCAUUGCUGGAGUGUCUCGUACUACAAUCUCCCCAAACUCCAGCCUUUUUGGUUCCACCCAUAUGUCCUACGGUGUUACCCGCCUUUGGGUCCCACCACCCCUUGCUGGGGCCUCCUUUAAUCCCAGCUAGCAUCCCAUUCCCUGGGAAUGCCUCAUCCUGGCCUGGCAAUGCCUGCAAUGGGACCUCAGAUGGCAUGCCCCUGUUUUGGAGCUGGGAUGGUACAACCCAAUUGUCUGGGUUGGGUUCCUCAGGCAGGACACUCUGCAGUGGAGCUUCCACUCCUCAAAUGGGAGGGUGGUCCCUUUGCAGUGACACAUGGUUUUAGACACCAGAAUGGGAGACGGAACAACAAUCCUAUACUUUUUUGAAAAGCUACAACCUGUCCAGCUCACCUUCCUCAACCCCAAUAUCUACAAUGGUUAAUAUAAUGUACACGUCCAAUUUAAGUGUAUGCAAUAAUAUGUAAGAAAUGAAACGAGACAAAAUAUAAGUAUCUCAAAAUAGUUUUUCCAAGAAAAACGUUCCAUUUUGGUUGAUUCGAUAUUCAUUUCGGUUCUUUCAAGAGUGGGAAGCUGAGAUGGGGCCGUAGGAGUUAGUUCCAUUUAUUCCUUGUGUGAUUUUGUUCUUUUUCAAUUAGACUGGUUCUUAUCAAUGCUCACCUUCUCUAUGCCUGACUCAUAAGGCUCUGAGAAAGGUGGAUGGAGGGUUAAGAAGACCUGAUGAAUCAUUACAGUAGUCUACAAUGGAACAUGUACACAAAAAUAACAGGAUGGCAGUAGAGCCGCUAUCAGGAGGGUGUGUGUGUGUGUGUGUGUGUGUGUGUGUGUGUGUG